AAAAAAGAAAGCAGCCCAAAGUCUUCGGAUGAUUCCUCGUCCAGCAAAGAGUCUCCUUCUCAUCGGGAGAAUCGCAGUGGUGGCACGAAAGGUGCACGAGGAACGUCUAAAAGCAAAAGACACCAGGAAGAAGGCUUGCUAGAUUUUGCUAGCGAAGAUGAAAGAGAAGUCGUUCUCUUUCGAAAGGUAUUCGGUCGUCCUUGUCCUUGGUACGUGCCACGGCUGCGGACAGUAUUUUUCCUCUUGUGGGUCGCUGGGUUCCUGUUUUUCGCACGCAUAUAUCCAUUCACCGUAUGGUGCGGUCUCGGAGGUCGUUGCACGCACAAUCAGGUUAGUCCGCCGUAUAGUGAAGGGACUUUCUCUGGUCAGAGAGAUCGGCGAUAUCUCAUCUGCUCGAGUGCCUGCAAUGCUGGGUGCAGAGCUCACGAGUGCUACAGUGCGGAGAUGCGACGUCUUCGCAAACGCAAGGAAGCCCAAGCUCUGAAGUUGGUGAAAGGAGUAGGCCCUGAACAAGGCGAUAUAACUUAUGACCCAAUUGGAACUGCGUACUUUUUUGUUAUCUUGACAACGUUAGAGUAGACGUAGAACAGGAGUAGCUUGUUCAAAGAUGUCAUUGACGGUCAGUGACCGAGGUGACUGAGUUUUGAUGCUGUUCAGAUAUAACGGAUCUAUUCAGAUUCACAGUUCGCCUUCCUCCAUCUAAGCGCCAGCAGAAGAAGAGAAACCGGAUGACAAGGAUGAUUACGAACUUGGAGAGGGCAACGUGGGCAAAUGCGCUCCUGAAGCUUUAGCCGACAUGGAUGAUCCUAUCGAAGAUGUCUUUGAUCGCAGCAUUGGAUAUCACAAGAUUGAGGCGAGGGUGUCUCCCAAGCGGCGUGCAUUCACGAAAUCUUUACAGGAGAAGUUGUUAAAAGCGCGCGGUGGAAAGAGGAAAAAAAACAGAAAUAUGAAGAUCAAGGGCGCGAAUGGAGCGGCCAAUCAGAAUCAAGGUGAUCAUCAAACUGACGAUCAAGAGCAAGAAGAGCAGCAGCGCCCAAUGAGCCCAGAGGAAGAGGCGGUAGCACGUGCUAAAGCUGAAGCGCAUAAGCGUAGAAAGGCCGAGCGAAAACGAUUUCGGAAGCUGAUGGAGGGAAUUGCGAUCGCAGUCACAGCCGGAAAAUGGGUCCCGAAUCCGCCACGCCUGCUACUGAAGGAGAACAGCCUUCUCGCAUCGUCGAAACCGAAACGCAAACCAAAUUAUAAUAAACUUAAGCUGCUUUAUUUGAUAUUAUCAAGGUAAGUAGAAGUACAUCUUCAACAUGAAUGUGGGACUGCAACUAGCUGUCGACAUCUUUGAUUUAUUUGCAAAUUGGAUUUUGCGCCACGACCGCAGGAGGUGGAGCAAGUACUCUUUUGUGAGCUACUAUUUUAUCUCCAAAAACGGACCAUACUAGAGCUAGAAAUGAUUUUCCACUGCAGGGCUCAGUUGCGAAUGUCGAACAGCUUUCAACUCCUCUAUUCUAAGAGCAUUGAUGAAGACCCCAUGAAAAACUUGUCUCUGAAGGAGCAAGAGAAGGUCGCGUACAAUGCACUUCUAGGAGGAGCAUCGCAUGAAGCCCAGCUCGCCGCAAUGAAGGCAAUCAGAGGAUCCGAGUACUCUGAUGCUGAAAUCGAGGCCUUUGUGAAGAGUAUGUCGCAUGGGCCCGAGGAACCGACGCAUGCCCAGAGGAUGCAUGAAGAAGGGUUUCAGCAACGACUUUUGGAGGCGGGUUUGUUAACAUCAACGACCUCUUCAUCAACAGGAUCUUCGUCUUCAUAUCAAUUUGCAUCUACGCUUCCAUCCACUGGUUCGUCGGGUCCUCCGACCAAGAAGAGCAAGCCAGAAAUGAGGGCAGCAGAAACCAUUGAUACUCCAGCAAAAAAACUUCUGGAGCAAAAAGACGUGAAGAAAGGCGAAAAUGGCUCUGGCAUGCUUUUGUCUUCGACAUCAACGACAACGACAUCAUCUUCGAGUUCGACAUCACCGUCGACAUCAACAUCAUCUUUGAUUUCUACCUCGUCCGGUGAAGUCAAUCAGGCUGAUAGUAAUCAUGUCUCAUCAAAGACCGCAGCGACAACGGCAGGGGCGCAGUUGCCGCCAGACGCAAAGGCUUCGGGCAAAGCCGCACAGGCCAGGGAGCGCAACGAGCAUGAAAUAGAGAAAGCAUACGUUGCAGAGUACAGGAAAUAUUUUUUAUGCUUCGUACCGCGUUUUCACCUGCUUUCUUUUCGAAGAAUAUCCGAUAUUUUUGAAUACAUAGAGUUGUUUUUUCGAUACCAUGUGCAUGUUGGUCAAGAAAUGCUACUCGUCAGCUUCAUGAUCGGUGAUCUAGCGAAUUAGCAAGCACUAUUGAUUUAAGUAGCAGAUUGAUGCAGAAGUACUGUAGAAAUUACAGCUGCCGCUCUAAUGAGGAAAGACAAUCCGAUACCGAGAUGGGGGGCCCACCGACGUGUGAGUCUACAUCUCCCAGGCAGGUUUAUCGACGAGGUCAGCCAUUCGCAUCGCGGGACGCAAACCGUGCCAGACUCCUAUGUUCCUGCCAUUCGGAGUGAUCUUGAGUCUUGGUUUUUGCAUGGGGAGACAAAAAUGGGGCGUCAGCCUGGAGGACUAAACGCCAUCAACGAACCGGAGCUCCACCUUUCGGGGCGCGCGUUAGUAGGCUACCGCUUCUUCCAGAUUUGGCUCUCGCAGCAGAAAGCGUCCGCAGAAUAAGGCUGGCGUUUCGCUUUUUGAAUAUACAUUACUGUAAAGCCUCUUUUAUUUCUUUCAACUAAGUAGUCACAGAAAAAUAGAGAAAGAAGUAGCUUCUCUGCUCAUAGUAUGUUUAUUCUUUGUGGUAAGUAACGUAAAAAUAGUUUCUUUUCCGUGUUCUAAGAAUCGAGGGUGCCGCCGUCGAAUGUUAUCGCGUCAUGGUCGAUGGAUGCUACUGGCAAGAUCAGAACUCUCAACUCGGAAUUGCGCAGGCUGUCCCGAGUAGCCGACCCAAAUAUAGAGCCUAUGCUGCCCAUACUGGCAAAGGACCCUCUUUUACAGGUCCAUCACCCGUUUACUGUCCGGCAAGCCCUGAACAGUUGGAAGUUCGAAACGGCGGCUUUUCGGCGAUCGGCCGGGAUCGUUGAAGAGAGCCUUAUCCUGGAGAUGCGCAGCAUUCCCUCACAGAUGUAAGAAAGCAUGGUCAAGGUCAUGAUCCUUCACGCGUUAUUCUCUAACGACCUUUUUUAUCCGUCUUCGUCUUCAUGUCACGGUGGUGCUUCAUGUCACGGUGGUGCAUACGAAGCAAGCUCGUUUUAUCGUAUCUAUCUUCUCUACUCGGCGAAGAUCAGCAAGACUGUCGGUGUAGCAUUGGGCCUGUAGUUCUCUAUGCAAGUAGAUGGAUGUAGUACAUUUAGGACGAGAUUCUUCAUCUGUAUGCUUGCAAAACAUCUAUGUAUGAAUUUAGCCGAAAAUUGGAAUAUUAAAUGUGAUCAUCACUCCGAUCUCUAUCACGAACAUCGUCAACCCUAUCGACUUUCAUUUUGAGGGUUUUGCGCCGCACACUUGGUGGGAUUGCGAGCGCAAUUGUCAAUACAGUUGCGUGUUACAAAAUCACGCGGAGCGAGUGUUUGAUAAGGAGUUCGUGGUGAAAUACAACGGACGUUGGGCCUUCCGUCGGGCAGGUGGCGUGCAGGAGUUUUUUUCGGUAUUAUUUUCGAUUUGGAACAUGCUCCCUCACUUCUACGAGCUCGUGCUGGUGGUGUUCGCUAUUGUUUUCGGACCGCAAGGAAAGCCGAUUGACUCUGCUGAGAAUAAAGAGACCAGCAACAGCGGCGGGAUUGCCGCCACAAAAGCGACCACCCUGCCGUUCGAAGGUUACCGGGUGUUUCAGUGCUCCAAAGCAAUGUGGCACUUCCUCGGAGUCAACGCGUUUCUACAGAGCGCGAUUUUCCACGCGAACGAAACGGAGUGGACACUUUAUGUGGACGUCCUGUCUGUGCAAGUCGCUGUCGGUUUCUCGAUAUGGAUGGCCCUAAUGUUCGACACCGUGGCGAAACAAAACGAAGGGCGUGGGCCUUCGAAAGAAGAAGGAGACUCUGCGAAGUCGAAGAACAGUCCGCUUAAGGGUCUCGCUUUACUGUUUCCUUAACCUAUCAGUUGUGCAACACCUUUCCUGUAGCGCUACUUUUAGUAGUUGCAUAAGAAUUGUUGAAUAUGAAUUCUUGGGGCAACAACUACUAUUUGUAGCCCGUUGCAAAACAUCUUUCUGGAUGGUCACGGUCAGUUGUAAGUAGAAUAAAUUGCAUUGGUGGAGGAUGAAGUGGAACUACUACUGAUUAACGUUGGUAAGCAGCCCUUCUAAUAAGGGGAGCAAGAAUAAGCUCGCUGUACAAAACAACGGUCUCAAACAAGCGCCGGAGAGCUCGGCAACGAGCGUCGAGAUGAAGUCAACGGACCAGGUGUCCACGGAGAUUACAUUGUGGGGAACACUGUGCUCAUUGGUCCAAGACGACCAGAUCCUUCUUUUCGUGACAUUACCAUGUGCUCUGGUGGUGGUGCUGUGUCUCUUCCGCUUAAUUAUCGAACCGGUCCCUCUUGUCCUGAUGGCCGGCGCGUUUAGUGCUGUCUUGUAUCUCUUAAGGGGCUCCCACCUUGUCGUUGUCUGUCAUUGUCUUUGACAAUAUCUCCAUAAUUCUACUCAUAUCAAUUACUAUCCAAUUUCCAAUCACCAAACGGAAUCCCGUUGGAUGACCUCACUUCAAGAUGACGAAAAACUCCUGACUCUAAGUUUCCUUUUACCAUUGGCGAGCAGAUGCUUCCGCCACAUGUUUGUAGAGGAAGCCGCAUGCCCAAUCGUACUCUUUUUAUGAUCAAAAAUGACGCCGAUCAUUGAGUCCUUCGAAUAAUACUUGCAUCUCGCGGACGAAUUAGCGGAUAUGCAUAUCUACUGGGUACAUCGAAAGUCUAGUCUGAACAAGAUCAUGAAGGUCGUUGUUGUAAAUCUGGUAAUUAGGAGACUUUGAAUGACCUAGACCUUCUUUAUAGUUUAUCUUUAUACAGCACCAUGACUUCAUCAUGUCUUCACGACAACCUAAAGAAGCUGCCACUUCAACCUCUUCUUCUCUAAGAAUUGGCGCUUUCCCACUUGCCAUCGUGUACGAAGUGUUGGACUUCCCGCCCUCCGAAAUUCAUUUAUGGCUACCAAGCAAAAAAUACCAAAGCGUGACACACUUUUGUUAAAAGUCGAAAUACUAUGUAUAUAUGAAAGGAUGUUUUCACGCUACAACCAAUAGGAGAAGUUGUUGCGGCCGGAUUUUGCCGCUCAAGGAUGGUCACAACGGCUAUGUCAGAGUUACACACAUAACAAGCACUUUCACAACUUCUAGAUCCUCAUCUAAGCAAGAUGUGGAUUGAUGCUCAUGCGAUGUGGCACCUGAGCUCUGUGCCGAUUCAAUUUUACUGGCCUUACUUCUUCAACUACAUGGAGAAGUGUCUUACGAAAGCCGCAGAACAAACGCCGAAGAAGGAGUUGACAUCGAGUACCUCCUGAGAAGUGAUCAAAAUUGGCAAGAUACAGAUUCAGAGGAUGCGGAUCUUCAUGUGUAACAGAUGAUAGCGCUCAUGAUUGUUGAUGACUCGAAAAGAUAAAGAAAAUCGAACAAACAUGAAGAAGUUAGUACAACGACGACGAACUACGCAAGGAACGUGCAUGAUGAAAUGUCGACUACGGCUUAUUGUUUCUGACUGGUGCUACGUUUGGCACACUUUGCCCCCUUGAGUCUGCAUCUUCAUCAGGGCAAACAUGAACAUACAGGUGAGGACUUUGAUUCUGAAACUAUGUUUCGAUGGAUAGAAGAUAAAGAAGCAGCAUCGUAACCGUUUCUUGAAGAAUUGUUUCUGAAAGGUCAAGAUGUCUUCAAACAUGUGACGAUGCAAAUCGCCAUCGGGUGCAAACAUUCUUGCAUAACCUGUCAACGCAUCAAGAUGUUUCAACUCCAUGGUCCUUUGAAGGAUUGUUUCUAUGCGCAAAUGUCUAUAAGCAGGCAACGUGAAAACC